UUGUGAUCGGGUUCAGUCAGACGCCAUCAUCUCCUCGCUCACAUGGCCUAUGCGGCAGCUCUCCUACUGCUGAGAGGCGCUCCUCUCCUCCGCGCCCGCAUCCCGCGCGCGGCCCUCCCGCGUCGCUCCUUCGCCUCCGGCCUCUCCGCCGCCGAUGAGCCCCAGUCGCGGGAGACCGCUGCGUCGGCGAGCGAGGGCACCCACGUCUCCGCCAAAGGGCCGUCUCCGUCUCCGCCGCUGACGCCGUCGUCCAAGCAAUGGGCCGACCAUCCCGAGUACAAGAAGUGGAAGGAUAGAGAAGAGGAGAUCCUUGAUGACAUCGAGCCCAUCACCAUCCUCACCAAGGAGAUACUCCACUCCGACAGAUAUAGGGAUGGGGAACGUUUAAAUGAUGAAGAUGAGAAGGUGGUUGUCGAAAAACUUCUUGCAUAUCAUCCACAUUCAGAAGAUAAGAUUGGUUGUGGCCUUGAUUCUAUAAUGGUUGAUCGACAUCCACAAUUCAGAAAUUCAAGGUGCCUGUUUGUUGUAAGAACUGAUGGUGUCUGGAUAGAUUUUUCCUACCAGAAGUGUCUUCGAGCAUAUAUUCGAGAAAAGUACCCAUCUCAUGCAGAAAGGUUCAUCCGAGAACAUUUCAAACGUGGCUGAAGAUUUUACCUUGCCGUUUAUAUAUUUUGCUGGUCCAACCACCCAAGAUAUUCACUGGUUACUGACAUGGAGGACAACGUCAAGUUCUUGGUCAUUCCAGUUUUGCAUAGCGCUGGUUGCUUCUGGAUUCAGUUACUCUUUUUUUCAGCGAGCUAAAAACUUAUUUAGCGACUGCAGUUGUGACCAAUGGAACGAAGUAAAAUAUGUAAGAUGAUCUGUUCAAUAUGUUCCCCUUUUAAAUUCUUCUCUCGAAAAAUUGGUGAAGUCACACAUUAUUCUUGUAAAAGUUUAUGAGAUUGCUUAUGAGGAAAAAUGUAACUUUUAUUGUGCU